UCAGAGAUUCAGACUCAGAUUCAGAUUUCUGGAAUCCAUCCUCAAUCAAAGACAAUAUGUUCACGUACCGCCUGAAGCUGAUGCUCUUGCUGGGCCAUCUCUUGGCCGGCGCCCAGUGCUCGCCCAUUGGCGAGGACUACGCCUCGGGCGUCCCCUCGGCUGGCCUGCUGGGCAACUACGCCGGCGGCCUCACCGGCGGCGAGGCUCUGUCCAAGCUGGACUUCUCCCAUGAGUUCUCCAGCUCGGAGCACGACCAGCUGGGCGCCCUUGGCGAUCACCUCGGCGAGGAGAGCUUCCCGGCGGACUACGGCAGCAGCGAUGCUGGCGAGGAGUAUGCGGAGGCCAGUGAGCUGCACUCCCACUACGAGGAGGACCACAAGCCGGUGCCGGGCAUCGACCAUGGCAAGGGCGCCUUCAGCUACAGCAGCCUGUACGAGUUCAAGGAUCGCGACGAGCACGAGCUGCACCAGCUCCAGCACCAGGCCCUCGAGCAGCAAGUGGAGCACGAGCAGGAGCACGAGCACCAGCACCAGCAGCUGGAGCAUGAGCAUCUGGAUCUGGAGCACCAACUGAGUCUGGAUCCCCACAGUCUGGAUCAUCACUACUAAUGCUGUGAUAGUCAAUCCAAAAUUUAGCAAAACGCUCAAUGAUAUCCUCGUUAGCAAGUUUUACUCCAUUCCUCCUCUUUUUUUUGUGCUAUUUUGUGAAGCGAUAUUUGAAAUAAAUCUAAGUUUAAAAGAAUAC